CAGUUUUGGUUUCUGUUGGAGUUUUUAUGACUUUUUACAAUAAUGAUUCACGCGAGAGGAAGUACCUGCGGUCGGCCAUUCUCCUCCGCCUACUGUAACAACAAGUGUAAUGUGCUGACUGCUGAGGAGGGUGGCGUGGUAGGCCUACUGGGUCAUCGCCACUGGGAUCGGAUCUGAGAUUAGACCCCGGGUUUGAGGUCAGACCAGGCCUGCACAGCUGACACACCAUAGUUCACUCAAUAAAAUGUAUUCAAGAUCUCGUCAUCACGUCAUCUUAUGAAUAACAAACACGCAGCCGUACAGAAUCAGGUUGGUUUAAUUGAGUCUGUUUUUAGGCUCCUCGCUACAGAGUAGGCCUAUAGAAGGGGAUUGUUAGAAGUCGGUUCCAAAGUAAAAGUUAAAAUAUUCCAAGUGGAAUCCUCUAUUUUCAGUGUGUUUUUUUGGGAAAGAAACCAUGUUGCGAAUAGUUUUACAUAAUCUCGCGCUCAAAAUGGACAUCCCUCUUUUUCACAAGCGUCUCCUUCCUUUUGAUCUGGUCACCACAUCUAUUUCCAGAGCGUUGUGGAUUUCAUCAUCACUGCCUCUAGUUUCCCUCAUUCUCAAAUCGCUUCCCGUUUAUUUCAUAAAACAUGAAAGGAGAGAACCUACCGUUCCGUCUCCUUGCAAGUCUCUGUGUUGUGAAAGCAGCGGUCUGGUUUCCUCGCUGGGUCUCACCACUGCGGCGUCCCGUCAGGGACUUUCUGAGCAGAUGGAUUCACAGUCCGUCUCAGUUUCAAACCUCCUCUGAGUUUCACCUCAUAGUGGACCGUCUCUGUCAAAACCACAACCAGGUAUUGACUUUGGAAAAAGUUUUUUUUUAUGAAACUUUCGGUAAAAUAUAGUUUUGUCUGGGCUUUGAAAGGGGAGUAAGAAAGAAAAAAUAACAUUCUCAAAUUUGGUGAAAGACAGGAUAUUUUGAUAAAAAAAAUUUUUUUAACAAAUCUGUAUGUAUUUAGGACAUAUAGCCGAUUAUAGAAAUAUAUAAUCGGCAUAUAUAUAAUCAGAAAUAUGGAAAUCAACAUGGAGGAUGCCAGGUGUACCCUAAAGACCCCUGACACGGGCUCAGAGGUCCGGGUUCGAUGAGGUGAGCAGAGUGGAGCUGAUCCUAGCUCGUUCUCGGGGACGAGAGUCUCUUCCGUUCACCAAAGCAGUACACAACACAGAGGAAAACACAAAACGCAAGCCUCAGACAGCCCGUGUUGUUCCACCGAUACAGUGCCAUGUAUACACUCUGUCUGGCGACCUCAGAAUCAGAGAGGACCCAGGGAGGAGCGUACUCCCAGUCCCAGCCUCGAGGUCACGGGAGGUGUUUGCGAGGAGGCCGGGGUCGCCACGGGGACCGUGAGGGGGCUGUUUUUGUCGACCCCGCUCAGGCUGGGAUGGGGGGGCUAUAAAAGGACCCUGGGUCCGGCCGGACGCACCACAAGUUGCGAGCGUCGUCUUCGCCUGUACUUCCUGUGUUGUGAAGCGCCCGGAACCGCAGAGAUGUUUGCAGUCGUCGCGGCGUUGUGUCUCAUGGGUCUGUCCCCCAGCCUGGCGGACCACCACCAGGCCUGCCAUUCGCCCAACAUGACGGGGACUGUUGCCAUGUCCGAUUUGAGGAACGGAGCCAAAGUAGUCGCCGAAUUUGUUUACGAUCCCUUGGCGAGGAAACUCCGCAUGAAGACCGCCCCCUGGCCCGGCUUCGUCACGACCAACUCGUCCAGGAACCUGGACCUGCUCCUGCUCUUCGACCAGGGGGUCUUCUAUGAGAUCGACAGCAAGAACCAGAGCUGUGAGAAGAAGGUUCUGCACUCGGCCGUGAGCUCCAUGGAGGUGCCACCCAGCGCCAGCUUCUCAGUGAAGACCACUCUGGGGAGCGAGACUGUGGCCGGGGAAGGACUGACCCUCAGCAUGUGGAAGGGCACGGUACCCAAGACCCAAGGUACUUACUGCACCGCUGUCACCGAGGGGUGCAUGCCCGUCAGCACCACCUAUACCUCCAACUCCUCCAUCAUCAUAGUCAGCCACAUCCAGGUGGAGACUGAGAUCAAGGACCCGGAGAAGCUGUGCGUGCCGUCGUUCUGCGAGGGCGAGGAGGUGGACACAACCGACGGCUCCAGCCACACCUUCUUCAACCUGCUCUUCUAGCGCUCCCUCUGCCCUUGCCCCCUGUGACACGAUGCAGUACCGCAGGGGGCCACUAGAGGGAGCCUCUAGAUCUCUCAGCUCUGUAGGUCCGCUCCUGGGACCGCUGUGGUGCCUGUAGCACCUAGCGCUGCUGCUCACAGUAGUUAGAAGUCUUUGAAAAUAAAAAUGUUUUAAGACAGA